GUUCCCCGCCCACCUAUCUCCAUCCGCAACCACAUCAUUCAACCAUCAAGAUCGCACAAAUUUCUUGGAGUCAUAGUCGAUGAUGAACUGACCUUUAAAGAACAUGCAACCUACGCCUUAGCAAAAGGAACUCGGUACACAAUGGCAUGCCAACGCAUGACUCGAGCUAUGAAAGGUGUCCAUGGCCGACUACUCAAGAAACUGUACGAAGGAGUAGUCAUCCCCAAGAUGCUCUACGCGGCAGACAUCUGGUGCUCCGGACUUGUCGCAAAAGGAAGGGGAAGGAAGAAUGCUGGCCGCGGAGCAAGAGGCUUCGCAUCGAAGAUGGCCAGAGUUCAGCGGAUGGCAACCACUAUGAUAACGGGGGGAAUGAGAACCUCUGCUACUGAUCUCUUAGACGCACAUGCUGACAUACUCCCU